AUGAUGUACUUCUUCCCGCUCAAGGCUGUACCGGCACGCAAGCCCAGGACCUCCAAGCUAACGACGACGACGGCCACGGGUGCGUGGUCGCCGGCCGAACACAAGCGCUUCCUCGUCGCCUUGGAGAAGUACCCGAGUGGCCCGUGGAAGACGAUCGCAGCGCACGUUGGCACGCGCACCCCGCGCCAGGCGCAGACACAUGCACAAAAGUACCGCGAGAAGCUCGUGCGCAAGCUGCGGUGCCCGUCCAACGACGGCAACGGCUGCAUGAUGCGCCUCGUCAAGGACGAGAUGGCAAGUCUGCCCGACGACGAUCCCAUGGAACUGGAGGCGCUCACGCCCCUCAAGCUCGAAGCGAGUGCCGACUUGCGGCCGUUGGCUAGUGGCACGGACGACACGCCGUCGCUGACGUUUGAAGACUGCCUCGACUUUUUUAUCCGCGAAAUGGACGCAUGA